AUGGUAACACAAGUUUCCCUCCUCAAUAACUCUGCACUCACAAGAGACUGGGACCUCAUAAUCAUUCAAGAACCUUACAUUAACUUCCUUCGUAACACCUGUGCUAAUCACUGCUGGCAUGUACUAUAUCCCACAGAACACUUCACUAACCCUCAGUGUCACUCCCAGGUGAUCACGCUUGUAAACUCAUCUAUCAAUACUAACUUCUGGAAACAGAUACCAUUCCCCUCUUCAGAUGUGGUCAUAAUGCAACUAACUGGUCCCUACGGUGGAUGCUCAAUUUUCAACAUCUAUAACAAUGGUAACUCCCAAGAUACUCUU